UGGACGGGAACACACCACAUGAGUUGGCAGCACACGUGAAACCAUCUACUAAAAACACUUCUAAAUAAGAUGGACUUUACGGAGGUUUCCGUGAGCCAAGACAAAAAGGGCAAGAAAAAGAAAAACAAGAAUCCAAAGAAGAAGAGUGCGAGUCAGGAGGACGGCGGAGCAGAGGUGGAGGUGAAAGAGGAGGGGGACGAGAAGAUGGAGAAGACCGAGGCAGCUGCUGCUUUUCCUCCAACCUUCAGCGUGUCUGAAAUCAAAAAUAAACAGCGACGACACCUCAUGUUCAUGAAACUCAAACAGGAGAAAAGAAAGCAAAAGAUGCAGCUGAAGAAAAAGAAGAAAAAAGAAAGGGAAGCCUUAGGUGACAAGGCACCACCAAAGGAGGUCCCAAAGACAAUAGAAAACCAGCGCGUGUAUGACGAGACCACUGUAGACCCAGAGGAUGAGGAGGUUGCAUUUGAUGAGGGAACUGAUGAAUUUUCUGCCUACUUUAAUGGGCUGACAAACCCGAAAGUUCUCAUCACCACGUCAGACAGACCUAGAGGGAGGACGGUGCGGUUUUGUGAGCAGCUGGCCACAGUAAUCCCAGACGCCCAUGUUUACUACAGGAGAGGUUUGGCCCUGAAGAGGAUCAUUCCCCAGUGCGUCGCCAGAAACUUCACCUACCUCAUGGUCAUCAACGAGGAUCGCAAAGUUCCUAAUGGUUUAGUUCUCUGUCAUCUACCUGAUGGGCCGACAGCACACUUCAAAGUCAGCAGUGUUCGAUUACGCAAGGAGAUCAAGAGACGAGGAAAAGAUCCGACUGAACACUCCCCAGAAGUGAUCCUCAACAACUUCACCACACGUCUGGGACACAGUAUCGGCCGGAUGUUUGCGGCUCUGUUUCCACAAGACCCUCAGUUCAUUGGUCGACAGGUAGCCACCUUCCACAAUCAGAGAGACUUCAUCUUUUUCAGAUUCCACAGGUACAUUUUCAAGAAUGAGAAGAGAGUUGGCAUUCAGGAGCUGGGACCUCGUUUCACCCUCAAACUUCGCUCUCUACAGAAAGGCACCUUUGACUCAAAGUUCGGGGAGUAUGAGUGGGUCCUGAAGCGCCAUGAAAUGGACGCCUGCAGGCGGAAAUUCCAGCUUUAAAAGCCAAAUUACACCAGGCUUUUCAGACAAGGACAACUGUGUAUAUCAUUCAGACUUUUUGUGGCCCUGGACUCUACAACAGAUAUCUAAAUAUCAUCUGCAACAGCCAGCAGCAACAUCCAACACUUUUCCUGUCAAUACAAUUUGAGAUUUGACAUUCAUGACUGGAUUUUAUACUAUCACACUGUGGUAGAUUUAAAGUCACACUGAAAACUGCUUCUCAAAAGCCACAUUUCUGGUGCUUUUGAGACAAAGUGUGCUGAUGCAAGAACUCAUACCAUCUCUUUUAGUCAGGAGACACCAUGGAGGAACAAGCAAGUGCUCUUCAAAUGACUCUCAUCAACCACACAUUUCUGACCCAUAUUUUAUACUGGAACUCUUAAUGGCAGAUAAAAUAUAUCCCAUCAUACUAGUGAGAUCAGGCCACCGUUCUUCGUGCAGUGGAGCAGCUGCUAGUCUAUGGAAAAUGGCUAAUUUUUCAAACUGCCUACAGUGCAGU